AUGGAAGUGCCAAAUUUUGUAACUUGCUUGGAGGAAGUACUAACGGAAAGGAAUAGUGAAGGUGAAAAUUUUUUUCAUGAAGCAGCCAGAUGUGGAAGUUUCUCAAUUAUAGCAAGAUUCACGCCAUUCAUCAGGGGUAAUUGUGUAGCAGCAGCUCUGAACACAACUAACAUUGCCGGACAAAUGAGUAUCCACGUAGCAGCAGUGACUCAUGAAAAAUGGUACGCAGCAAAGUUGAUUGACAUCUUGGUCGAAUUGGGAGCUGAUAUUAAUGGACAAGAAAGUGUUGAAGGUAACACCGCUCUUCAUCUAGCAGUAAAUCGACGUGAUUACCAGCUAGUUGAGUGGCUUUGCUGUCAACCAGGUAUAGAUUUGAAGCUUUGCAAUGCAAAAAACCUUUCGCCAUUUGAGUUAGCGCAGAUAAAUAGAAAUAAGAUGAUGCAAAUUCUGAGAAAGUAUUAUUCUAACGAAAACACCGAUCUAGUGUAA